AUGAGAUCAUAUUUGACCAAAAACCUGAUGAAGGAAUUUGCCAGGACCAGCAUGACUACAGCGGGGAUGGAUCUGCGUUUGCUGAGAGCGCCCCAAACAACCAUCGCAAUUUUGCCAACUCUGAGCUUCACGGAAAAUGACACCAGCUGCGGGGAGCAGAUUCUUAGCCACCGGAAUGUGGAGAAGGUGCUUAUCGGAGGAGUUCUCACUGUGCUCACUUUGUUCACUAUUUGCGGGAACUUACUUGUGGUGAUAUCCGUGUGCUUUGUGAAGAAGCUGAAACAGCCCUCCAAUUAUCUAAUUGUCUCUCUGGCCGUGGCAGACCUGUCCAUAGCGGUGGCGGUGAUGCCCUUUGUCAGCAUCACGGACCUCAUCGGGGGACAGUGGAUCUUCGGACAGGUGUUCUGCAACGUUUUCAUUGCCAUGGACGUGAUGUGUUGCACUGCUUCGAUCAUGACCCUGUGUGUAAUAAGCAUAGACAGGUACCUAGGCAUAACUAAACCCUUGACCUACCCUGUGCGACAGAGUGGGAGAUGCAUGGCGAAAGUAGUUCUGUCUGUGUGGCUGCUGUCUGCUUCCAUCACCCUGCCCCCGUUGUUCGGCUGGGCCCAGAACGUCAACGAUGACAAGGUGUGUCUGAUCACCCAAGACGUGGGCUACACCAUCUACUCCACCGCCGUCGCGUUCUACAUCCCCAUGUCGGUGAUGUUGAUUAUGUACUACCGCAUCUACCGAGCGGCCAAGGUGAGCGCCGCCAAGCACACCAUCCAAGGCUUCCCCAAGGCAGAGGACGAGCGUAACAGUGUUGACUGCGUGGCCACGGCCUUUAAGCUCCAGAAGGAGGUGGAGGAGUGUGCCAGUUUCUCUCGUCUGCUUAAGAACGACAGGAAAAACAUCUCCAUCUUCAAGCGGGAGCAGAAGGCGGCCGCUACGUUGGGGAUCGUUGUGGGGGCCUUCUCUGUCUGCUGGCUGCCCUUCUUCCUGAUGUCCACGGCCAGGCCCUUCAUCUGUGGGGUAGAAUGUAGCUGCGUUCCCCUCUGGGUGGAAAGGUUUCUCCUCUGGCUGGGCUACGCCAACUCCCUCAUCAACCCAUUCAUCUAUGCCUUCUUCAACAGGGACCUGAGGACCACCUACCGUAACAUCUUGCUCUGCAGGUACAGGAACAUUAACCGCAAACUCUCCGCCGCCUGCAUGCACGAGGCCAUCAAACUGGCUGAGAGACCGGAUCUGGAGAUCUAGAACAGUGUUUCUUAAACUUCUCUAACACUUUGCUACACAAGGACCGGCAAACUAUGGUUUAGAUCAGGGUGUCAAACAUUCGACUGCGGCCUGUGGUUGGUUUGAGUAAUAAAAAAAAACUCAAUGUAGUGAUAAUGGACUUACAUUUUUACAGUCUCUUCACUCUGUCCAUCUUGUUAACAAUCAUCAAAACGAAAGCUUAACAGUCAGGGAGCAUCAAAAUUACAAAAAUGAGGUGCAAAAUGAGUUUGACACCCCUGGUUUAAAUGAAAACUUGGGCUUGACAUAUGACUAAAUUGGAGCAGACAACCAUCUGUGGUCCACAGGUCCACAGACCAGGGGUUGAAAAACACUACUCUCGACUGAGGAAUCCUAUUCAGUUCAUGAGUAGAGAAGGCUACAUGCAUGUGUAUAGAAUAACUGACAUUAUUGUUCAUACCUGGCACACACAAGAACAUUAGAUCCACAUCUUGUCAGGUUAUACACAGUACAUUUUGCAGUGUUCAUUUCACUUAAAGAGUUCAUUUUAACACUACCUCAGAUAACAUAUAGUCCCACUCUACAGAGUGUAAAAAGUACUCUGAUUGUAGUGUUACAUUUUGAGUGUUAAUGUAACAAUUCAUAUUAUAAAAUAUUAACAUUGGUCUCAGAGCAUUUCGUAUUAUUCUGUAUGUAAAUCUGAGACACGCCGUUUAGUAUGAUAUGUUACGUUUGAUAUGGUUACAUAAGACAGAUGAAAAAAAAGGACGGUAGUUGGUCGGGGUGGUUGGGUGGGCGUAUAACAUGGGAUGAGUGGGCGUAAAACAUGAAUAUCAGGAAACCUAAAGAACUUUGCAACAACUUAGCAUGUUUGCUAACCCUUCAGCUAACCCUAACACUAACUUUAACCCUUUAACCUAACUCCUAAACCUUAACCCUAACCCCAAGCUAGCUAACGUUAGCCAUCUAGCUAGAAUUCAUAUCAUACAUUUUUCAAAUUUGUAACAUCUGGUAAAUUUGUCAAAUUCGCAACAUAUAAUACGAAUUGUAAUUUGUAACACAUAAUAUGAACUGGGUGAUGGACAUCCACAAAUUAAUACAUAACAUAUGGAACACAACCUAUCAUACCAAAUGUGUGCCUCAGAUACAGAAUAAUACAAAAGAGUUCAAUCAAAUCAAAUUUCAUUGGUCACAUACACAUGUUUAGCAAAUGUUAUUGUGGGUGUAGCAAAAUGCUUGUGUUUGGUCUUAGACCGGGUUGGGGUUAGGAGCUAUAAAACAUUUUUUUGAAAUAGGAGACCACCUAAACCAUGUAGACCGGAACAACCAUUUCACUAAUGGGUGCAAUAAAUCAAACGAAUUGAUUGGAUUAGUUUAGAAACAUGUAUGUUAUUUAUCUUGUAUAGCAUAAGAUUAAUCAAUCAAUCAAUGUACAUGCAAAAACACAGAUAUUAAAACAAUCCAACAACAAAAAAGUACCUGCAUAGCAUGCUGGGAAAUAUGAUAAUGAAGGUUGUGGUUUUGAUGGUACUGUUUUACUCUCCACAGUGUAAAACAAUAACUCUGGUUAUUAACACCAACACUGGGGUUCUUUUACACCAAUGAGUGUUAAUUUCACUCUAACAGAGAGAAUUUAAAGGUGCAUUAUGCAGAAAUUGUUCCACCUUUUCCUGGUUGCUAAAAAUAUUGUGUUUGAAGCUGGUGUACAAAACCGAACGUGAAAAACAAACAAAAAAAAUCUUAAAAAUGGGAAGCAUGAAAAUAUUUGGUCAUGUCGCCCAACAAGUUACAUGUUCCAGCUUUAACUCCUGGAACUAUUGUGUGCUGUAGCUUGGAAAAUAAAUAAAUAUGACUCUGGAUGACAACAUAAUGAUGUUUGUUUCCAACAUUAGGUCUGUUUUCCUAAAACAGUUAAAUACGGUUUGUGUUUUGUUUCCUUGCCAAGAUACUAACGAGUAUUGUGAUACUAGUAUCGUCCCGGCCCUAACUGAGAUGCACAUAACAUUUGUAGAUAACAUAGCACACUAUUGUAUUUGAUGACAGGGCAAAUAAUAGUCUACGAUUGUAACAGGACAAAAUGAUGCUGUCAUGUUAUUUUAUUUUAAUAUAUCUCUGUGUAUUUGGUACUUGAAAUUGAAAUCAUUCUCAGUGCAUAAAGUUUGUGUGAGUAAUGUACUUGGUUAAAAAAUAUUAAAAAAUGUCAGAGUUUAACAGCAUCCAACACAGA